AUGAUUAAUAAUUUGACAGAAACGACCCUUGUUAGCAAAGAUACGCCUGAAUGCAGAGUGAAGUUUGAUGUAGUAAGUGUUGAUACUGAUAGCGAUGAUGAUAUUAACCAAGAUAGUAGUGAAACUCCUUCGUUGCCAAAAACUAACAAAACUGUAAACACAGAUGUAGAUGCUAAGAAUUCAUUCUCAGAUAUAGACUAUGGAUUACCAAUUAAACGACUUAAACAACCACGUGAAAUCAAACUCAAACUUUUCGUUUUCUUUUUAUUCGUUCUGAUUGUUAUAAUUGUGACUUUAAUAUGGGUGUUCCAUGUACCGAAACUCUUGACAUUAACAUUAGGUAAUGCAAAAAUAAUUGUUGAUUAUGGAGAACUUUAUGUCAGUUACCAUGGGAAGACAGUUUUACAGGGUCGACUGGGAAUCAAUCAACCUCAGUCUCCACCGUAUAGUUGCCAUGGAAAUGCAGAGAGUGAUGACAGAGUGUGCUUGUCAUGGAAAAAUCAUGUUGAAUUAAACACUUCAUUCUAUCAACAAGACUUGACUGAUUGUUAUGAGAUUUUAUGGACUUCCUUAUCAAAGGAUUAUGUUCCAAGAGAUUGUUUCUCUCUUGCCGGUGCUUAUUGGUAUGGAGGUGGAGAUAUCUAUGGCCAACAGUGGCCUAUUAACAAUUUAAAUUUUAGUACGAGUCAGUUUUUAUCAACAACAGAUUUGAAACACAACACAAGAGGCUUUGGUUCUGUUCUUGAGCCCUACUGGUUGUCGUCCUUGGGUGUUGCUAUUUAUGUUGAUGAUGUUUCAUCGCUUCAUGUUAGUAUUAAUGAUAGUAUGAGCGGUGAAAUCUGUUUUGAGUCAAAGUAUGAGAACUCCAUGUACAUUGUGCCUGAGGACAAACUAGCUACUUUAAAAUACAAGUUGUGUGUUAAUUCAAAUGUGAAAACUACUCAUCAGUACAUUUCCAAACAUUACCUGGGUUCUCCUAUCACGCUGUCGAAUGAAUUUUUGUUGGAGUCACCUGUUUGGUCAACGUCACCAUACUACCAUACUAUCAAUCAGUCUAUAAUACUGGACUAUGCUGAGAAAAUUGACGCUUACAAUUUUAGUAAGAGCCUUCUAGUUAUUGAUGAUGGCUAUCUCUGGCGGUAUGGAGAUACAGAAUUUGACCCGGUGGCAUUUCCGAACCCCACGGACAUGUGCAAUCAGCUCCAUAAUACCGGAUUCAAUGUAUCCGUUUGGAUGCAUCCCUUUGCUAACACUAAUUCCCAUGCCUUUAGCGAAGGGUUGCGUCCUGGGUACUGGGUGCACAGUCCUCGUGAUAACUCGCCAGCCUUGAUCCAAUGGUGGAACGGAAUUGCCGCAUCUUUGCUUGAUGUUACCAGCCCAAGUGCAGUGGAAUGGUUCCUGAAAAGAAUGAAUGAAAUGAGAGAGACUUAUAACAUAGAUUCAUUUCUGUUUGCUGGUGGUGAAGUGUCCUGGCUGCCCGUAGAGUUCAGUACUCAUAGGAAGCUGCUUACGCCUACAGGCUAUACUACAUUAUACUCUAUGCUGGCUGCUCAAUUAGGUAGGAAUGUUAUGAUUACAUCAGCUUAUCAUUCUCAAACGCUGGCAUUGUUUUUAUCGAUGAAGGAAAAAGAAAGCAGCUGGGAUACCACCAGUGGAUUACAAAGUGUCAUUCCCACAGUGUUAACGUAUAACAUUUUGGGAUAUCCCUUUAUAAUGCCAGAGGUGAUUGGUGGAAGGGAAAACCAAACAUUUGCAGAUAGAGAGCUCUACAUUCGUUGGCUGGAAUUAACCGCUUUCCUACCAGUUAUGCAUUUCUCACUGCCUCCAUGGGAGUAUGACCAAGAGGUUGUUGACAUUGCUACAAAAUGGGUUCAAUUUCACAGGGAUGUAAUCGCUCCCAUCAUGAUAGACCUCGCUGAUAAUUUCCUUCGUAGUACUGAUCCAAUAAUUCGCCCUCUUUGGUGGGCAAGUCCAACAGACGGAACAGCUCAGCAGAUUGACUCAGAGUUUCUGAUUGGUGAUGACAUCGUAGUGGCUCCCAUUUUAGAGUUUGGCAGGUACACAAGAGACGUUUACUUGCCAGAUGGUAUGUGGGUCAAUAAACUGACCGGGCAACAUAUCACAGGGGGUAAAUGGUUGACAGUUGUAGUUACAUUAGAAAAUGUAGCCUAUUUCACAAGAGUAUCAUAG